AUGGAGAUGAAGUACACUUUUCAAUCAAGACGAUGCGCUCUGUGUCUCCCAACUGCAGUUUACUGGAGUCUCAAAGAACCAAUUAUGCUGAGAUUAUCCAGUUCACUUGCUUGUUUGAGUUCUUUCAGACAACUGGAGUUAAAAACUGCUGCUUCUGUUCGGUCAUUGCACAAUGUGUUUGAGAUUCAUAGCAAAGAAGUCAAUCCAAGUGUUUUCGAGGUGAAUUCUAUGGAAAAAGAUGCUGAAGCUGAGAGUUCUUCAAUCGUCGUCUCGGAGGAUAAUAGGAAGGUACGGAAGAAGAUGUCUGAGCAUGGACAACCACACAGUGAUGAAACCAAAGAGAAGUUAAGAGCUUUGGGGAAACAAGCUUGGGUAGUACGGUCAAGAUUGAAGCGGUUAAAGGACAAGCUCACCUCAUUGUGGUCAGAAAACAUUGCAGAGGCUGCAAGAAAAGGAGGUAGUGGCCAAGUAGAGCUCGAUUGGGACGGCUACGAAAAUGCAAAACAGGAGAUUUUAUCUGAGAAGCUUCGGUUGGCUGAAGAGAAAGCAAGAACAAAGGAACAAACCAAGGUGAGAGCAGAAGAAGCUGCACAAGCCAGGACCGAGAAGAUGAGGAGAGUCGCAGAACGAACCAAGGUGAGAGCAGAAGAAGCUGCACAAGCCAGGACCGAGAAGAUGAGGAGAGUCGCAGAACGAAAGAAAGAACGUGAAGAGAGAGAACGAAAGAAAGAACGUGAAGAGAGAGACCGAAGAGAAGGAAAGAUACGAAAACCAAAGAAGAACAAAGAGUGUGCAACCAUUACCUCAUGUUUAAAACUGAAGAAGAGACUCGCAAAGAUUCACAAGAAGAAAAAAAGUCCUGGUAAAAUCGCUGUUGGCAAGGACAGACUAGUUUUGGUUGCAGCUAAACUGGAGAAGCUAGAUUUGGAAUUCAUUAGGAAGGAGAGAACGAGAGGAAAUAUCUCGCUUGCAGAUCAGAUCCAAGCCGCCAAAAGCCUACGAGGAAAAUAUUGUUUUAUCAAGAUUUGGUCUUUUUGCAAUGAAAUCAAUGGAUUUUGA